AUGUCAACCUCCAAGACAAACCUCCUCGACCAGGAGGAUCCUAUUGACUCCCCACCAGCCUACGAUGACACAAAACCAACACCAACCCGGGCCCUCCCACGCCCACCACCACUCUCCCUCCCCGCGCUCAACGACCUCCGCAACAAACGAGUAAUCCUCGCAUCCCAAUCCCCCCGCCGACGCCAAAUAAUCGCAUUCCUCGGCCUUCCCAAUCUAGAAAUCAUCCCCUCAAACGCAGAAGAGGACCUCCCCAAAUCCCUCGGCCCAGUGGAAUACGUUCUAGCAACAGCAACAAAGAAAGCGCAAGCAGUCUACGCACAAGAAAUCGACAACGAAAUCAAAGGCGAACCAAGCCUGAUCAUAGCAGCUGAUACGAUUGUCGUCGAUGUAACAACGGAAACCAUUCUUGAGAAACCGCGCUCAGAAGCGCACCAUUUCUCUAUGCUCCGGGCUCUUCGCGACGCUCGCGAUCACAAAGUCUAUACUGCUCUUGUUCUUAUGGCGCCGUUGGCUAGUGCGCGACAGCCUGGGUAUGCGAUGGAGACGGUUGUGGAGGAGACGAAUGUGCGGUUUGAUGGGGAUGUGACGGAUGAUUUGCUUAUGGCUUACGUGAAGACGAGAGAGGGAGCGGAUAAGGCGGGUGGGUAUGGAUUGCAGGGGCUUGGGUCCAUUCUCGUGGAAAAGAUUGAGGGAACUUAUGAUAAUGUUGUUGGAUUGCCGCUGAAGUCAACUUUGAAGCUUAUUGAGACUGUUAUGCAGAAGGCUGAUGAUGAGGAUCGGUUGGAGGGGGAUCCGCUUUUGGAGUUGGAUGAGGAGGAUGAGGAUGAGUGA